CCCAUGAAUUUGUGUUUCUCUACGAUGGCACUCACAAGAUUACUAGUCACCGCCUUUUUCCUAUCUGUAGUUAACGCAAAAUUAGUCCGUCAGUCAGAUGAAGUCAGAAACGAGCUGGAGGAAUAUGUACAAAAUAAGAAGGCUGAAAUCAACCCAAGGUACAGAUUACAUUACCAUGUUAUGCCACCCGUAGGCUGGAUGAAUGAUCCAAAUGGAUUCUCGUUCUACAAAGGGGAAUAUCACAUAUUCUACCAGUACUACCCCUAUGACAGUAUCUGGGGGCCAAUGCAUUGGGGACAUUCGUCAAGUCCUGAUUUAGUUAAUUGGAAAGAAUUGCCGACAGCAUUGAUCCCUGAAGAAGAAAUGUGCUUCUCCGGCAGUGCCGUCGUCGAUGGAGAAUCAUUGAUUUUGAUAUACACUGGACGAAUCAACUUGGAAGGAGACAACUAUAACGAAAGCCAAUACCUUGCUGUCAGCGACGAUGGAAUAAACUUCUACAAGCAUGUCGGGAAUCCUGUUUUAGCUUUGCCCAGUGGGGGGUCACCAGAUUUCAGAGACCCAAAGGUUUGGAAGCAUGGAGACUAUUACUAUGUCGUUAUUGGAACCACUACGAACAAUCAACAGACUGGAAGAGUUGUCCUAUAUAGAUCAAGUGACCUAAUUUCUUGGGAGUAUUUGUCGGUGAUCGGAGAGUCUGGUGAUGAUUUGGGAUACAUGUGGGAAUGUCCGGACUUCUUUGAGUUGGAUGGAAAAUUUGUACUUUUGAUGUCUCCUCAAGGCGUGGAACCUCAAGGAGAUAGAUACAAGAAUUUAUAUCAAACCGGUUAUAUUAUUGGGAGCUUUGAUUACGAAACAUUCCAAUUUGUGCCCGAGGUUGAUUUCCAAGAACUUGAUUACGGCCAUGAUUUCUACGCGUCACAAACAAUGGAACACGAUGGAAAGCGAUACGUACUCGGUUGGUUUUCAAUGUGGGAACAGCCACAUCCUGAAAAAGAUGAUGGGUGGUCUGGGGCAUUGACGAUGGUCAGAGAAAUAAAAUUAGUUGAUAAUAGAAUUCUUAUGUCUCCCGUAGAAGCUAUGAAACAACUGAGAAAUGAUACUGUGUUAAUUGGUGAUUUCAAUGAAGGACAAGUCUUAUCAUUUGAUAAUACUGCUGAAAUCAUUGUUGAAGGUGACUUGGAGUAUAAAAUAGAGUUGCUUAUAGAAGGGCGUAACGGUGGUGAUCAAGCGUUGAUAACAUGGGAUCCAGCCGUGGGCAAAGUAGCUAUUGAUAGAGGAUCUGAUGAUGUAAGACAAGUGGAAUGGUCACCUAUUGGUUCGAAAUCAUGGCGACUGUUUUUGGACACCAGCUCGUUGGAAUUGUUCUGUGGUGAAGGUGAAGUUGUAUUUAGUAGCAGAUUAUAUGUUGAAGACCCUUGGAACGUGAUCAAUUUGAGUCCUCAAUCUCUGAAAAUUGAAUCGUGGCACUUGAAGAGAAGUGUUCCUGAAUCAUAAAGAUUUUAUGGAACCAACUAUAGUUUAAUAUUGUAAAUACUGUUCUUAAGAUUUUGUUCAUAAUUUAAUUACAACAUUUUCUUUACAUA